AACGAUGUUGAAUCUGCCAAAGGAAGUAGGGCUGAUGGCCUUACGUAUAAGGAUGCUGAUGUUGACAUUGAUGCGGAUUCGGAACUUGUUAAAAGGAUUGCUAAGAUGGUCCCUGGAAUUGGAGGUUUUGGUGGGCUCUUUCCCUUAGGGGAUUCUUAUCUUGUGGCUGGCACAGAUGGAGUAGGCACUAAACUUAAGCUGGCAUUUGAGACAGGGAUCCAUGAGACCAUUGGAAUUGAUUUGGAAAAUAUUGUCGCAAUGAGCGUGAAUGACAUAGUCACAUCUGGAGCAAAACCUCUUUUUUUCCUCGAUUACUUUGCUACAAGUCAUCUGGAUGUCGAUCUUGCAGAGAAGGUCAUAAAAGGCAUAGUUGAUGGUUUCCAGCAAUCUGACUGUACUCUUUUAGGGGGAGAGACUGCUGAGAUGCCAGAUUUUUAUGCAGAAGGUGAGUAUGACCUUAGCGGUUUUGCCGUGGGAAUUGUGAAAAAAGAAUCGGUUAUUGAUGGGAAAAACAUAACGGUUGGGGACGUACUCCUUGGCCUGCCAUCCAGUGGAGUUCAUUCAAAUGGGUUCUCUCUUGUCAGAAGGAUUCUCAGGCACAGUGACCUUUCGUUGAAAAAUCAACUUCCUGGUUCAUCUGUUACCCUAGGCGAAGCUUUAAUGGCGCCUACUUGUAUCUACGUCAAGCAGGUUCUUGACAUUAUAAGCAAAGGUGGCGUCAAAGGGAUAGCUCACAUCACUGGCUGGGGUUUUACAGAUAAUAUACCUCGUGUGUUUCCGAAAGGUCUUGGAGCUGUCAUAUACAAGGACUCAUGGGUGGUUCCUCAUAUUUUCAAAUGGAUUCAGGAGGCUGGAAGAAUUGAAGAUUCUGAAAUGAAAUGGACUUCUAAUAUGGGGAUUGGGAUGGUUCUUGUGGUGAACAAGGAGACUGCUCUUAAAAUACUUGGGGAUGGACGUGGCACAAAUACAACUUAUGAAAUUGGUGAGGUUAUACAUGGUGAUGGAGUGAGAUACCGAUGAUAGAUAGAGCAAAAGAGGCUCAUAAUCAAGGUUUGAUCAAAUUUUGUGUUAGUAAUUAGAAAAAUGCGCGUGGGUUUUCUAUUUCCAUAGUUAUCAUGUUGUGAAAGGUAUUCAUGUAGCGGCUAGCUUUGAGAUACUUGUUUUGAUUAUAUGAAGGCAAUGAGCAAAGACUAUUUAUCUCAA